GCAGAGCCCUCACUUCCGUCCCAGCCAGACCCAGGAAACCGCUCCCAGGGACACCAGUGCAGAGCCUUGCAGGGUCAGGAACAGUGAGUCCACCCUCUGUCCGUCUAACCAUGCUUCUCAGAAGGAGUGGGCAUUGGACGGUGUCGCUUGUGUCCCGACAGGCCAUCUGGCACCCUGUGGGACUUUCAGCCCCUGGGACCUGCAGGCUAAAUGCCAGCAGCCGCCCAGUGAUGGUGACAGCGCAUCUGCCCUCCGCGUUUCCAGACACCCCGAGGCCUGGUCCGCCGCUGGCUUGGGAGCCCCUCUCCUGAAGCUGUAGACUUAGUUUCUGUUUCUGGGAAAUGGUCAACGCGUGGUUUGCUGAGAGAGUGCACGCCAUCCCCGUGGGCAGGGACGGCGCCCGAGGCCACCCCGAGUCUUGCUCGUGCCCCUUGCCGCCCAGUCCCCGCGCCGACAGCAGUGCCCCUGGGACACCAGCCAGGAAGAUCUCUGCCUCGGAGUUCGACAGGCCCCUGAGACCCAUCCUCGUCAAGGACUCGGAGGGCGCCGUGAGCUUCCUGUCCGACCCCGGGAAGCAGGAGCAGAUGCCUCUCACCCCCCCACGCUUCGACAGUGACGAAGGGGACCAGUGCUCCAGGCUCCUGGAGUUAGUGAAGGACAUUUCCAGCCACCUGGACGUCACGGCCCUGUGCCACAAGAUCUUCCUGCACAUCCACGGGCUCAUCGCGGCUGACCGCUACUCCCUGUUCCUCGUGUGCGAGGACAGCUCCAACGACAAGUUCCUGGUCAGCCGGCUCUUCGAUGUCGCCGAGGGGACGACGCUGGAGGAGGCCUCCAACAGCUGCAUCCGCCUGGAGUGGAACAAAGGCAUCGUGGGGCACGUGGCCGCGCUGGGCGAGCCCCUGAACAUCAAGGAUGCCUACGAGGAUCCCCGGUUCAAUGCAGAAGUCGACCAAAUCACGGGCUACAGGACCCAGAGUAUUCUCUGUAUGCCAAUUAAGAACCACAGGGAGGAGGUGGUCGGCGUGGCCCAGGCCAUCAACAAGAAAUCGGCUCACGGCGGGACCUUCACGGAGAAGGACGAGAAGGACUUUGCUGCCUACCUGGCGUUCUGCGGCAUCGUGCUUCACAAUGCCCAGCUCUACGAGACUUCGCUCCUGGAGAACAGGAGGAACCAGGUGCUGCUGGACCUGGCCAGCCUGAUUUUUGAGGAGCAGCAGUCACUAGAAGUGAUUCUGAAGAAGAUAGCGGCCACCAUCAUCUCCUUCAUGCAGGUCCAAAGCUGCACCAUCUUCAUAGUGGACGAAGACUGCCCCGACUCCUUUUCUAGUGUGUUUCACAUGGAGUGCGAAGAGGCAGACUCCUCGGAGACCUUGACAAGGCAGCGAGAUGCUGGCAAAAUCAACUACAUGUACGCUCAGUACGUCAAGAACACCAUGGAGCCGCUCAAUGUCCCCGACGUCAGCAGGGACCAAAGGCUGCCCUGGACGAAGGAAAACACAGGAGCCGUGAGCCAGCAGCACAUUACCAGUUUGCUCUGUACCCCCAUAAAAAAUGGGAAGAAGAAUAAAGUCAUAGGGGUCUGCCAACUCAUCAACAAGAGGGACGAGAGCUCGGGUGAGACCAGGCCUUUCAGCCGCAGCGACGAACAGUUCCUGGAGGCCUUUGUCAUCUUCUGUGGCUUGGGCAUCCAGAACACGCAGAUGUACGAGGCGGUGGAGCGGGCCAUGGCCCAGCAGAUGGUCACAUUGGAGGUCCUGUCCUAUCAUGCCUCGGCGGCCGAGGAGGAGACCAGGGAGCUGCAGGCCCUGGCGGCUGCCGUGGUGCCAUCUGCCCAGACCCUCAAGAUCACAGACUUCCGCUUCAGUGACUUCGAGCUGUCGGACCUGGAGACGGCCCUGUGCACGGUCCGGAUGUUCACUGACCUCCGCCUCGUGCAGCGCUUCCAGAUGAAGCAUGAGGUGCUGUGCAGGUGGGUCCUGAGUGUGAAGAAGAACUACCGGAAGCAUGUGGCCUACCACAACUGGAGGCACGCCUUCAACACUGCCCAGUGCAUGUUCGCUGCCCUGAGAGCCGGCAAGAUCCAGAGCCGGCUGACCGACCUGGAGGUCCUGGCGCUGCUGAUCGCCGCGCUCAGCCACGACCUGGAUCACCGCGGCGUGAACAACUCCUACAUACAGCGGACAGAGCACCCGCUGGCCCAGCUGUACUGCCACUCCAUCAUGGAACACCACCACUUCGACCAGUGCCUGAUGAUCCUCAACAGCCCCGGCAACCAGAUUCUCAGCGGCCUCUCUGUGGAAGAAUACAAGGCCACGCUGAAGAUGAUCAAGCAAGCCAUCCUGGCCACAGACCUGGCGCUGUACAUCAAGAGGCGAGGGGAAUUCUUUGAACUCAUAAGAAAGAACCAGUUCAACCUGGAAGACCCUCAUCAGAAGGAGCUGUUUCUAGCGAUGCUGAUGACGGCCUGCGAUCUUUCUGCAAUCACGAAACCCUGGCCCAUCCAGCAACGGAUAGCAGAACUGGUAGCAGCUGAAUUUUUUGACCAAGGAGACAGAGAGAGGAAGGAACUCAACAUCGAGCCCACCGAUUUGAUGAACAGGGAGAAGAAGAACAAGAUCCCCAGCAUGCAGGUCGGGUUCAUCGACGCCGUUUGCCUGCAGCUCUACGAGGCCCUGACCCACGUGUCAGAGGACUGCCGGCCCUUGCUGGAGGGCUGCCAGAGGAACAGGCAGAAGUGGCAGGCCCUGGCAGAGCAGCAGGAGAAGACGCUGGUCAACGGGGAGAGCGGCCAGGCCAAGCGGAACUGAGGGGCUGCUGGCGCGGCGUGGAGACUCCGAGGCACCUCUGGGAGCCCCAGCCCACUGUGCACGGAGCACACCGUCCACCCUUGGCCACUGCUGUGUUCUUGUUUCUGCACGGCUUUCAAGAGCAGCAUGACGUGUUUUCAGGGGACGUUUCCACAGGUUCUGGACAUGUCUGUGCCGCGGGAAGCCCACGGCCCGAUGGGGCUCUGUGUGCUGGGGGUGUGGGUGCUGCUCUGCCGCUGCUUCCUGCUGGGUUUAUGAGAACUGGCUCCGUGUUUUCUGAGUCACCAGCCUUUCAACAAGGUUUGGAGUCUUGCUUUUCUCAAGAGGCCGGGAGGACAGUGUGUGAGCCCUGCUGGGCCUGCUGGGGGCCAGGUGGGGUGAGGAGGAACAGGGUCUGGUCAGGUGGGAAGAGUGAGAGGCCGCAUCGCAAGGAGAAUGCAUCCACUGACCUGCUGUUUUGUGAAAGAAUGGGGGUGGGGCUUGGCCAUCCCCCCAGGACCCCCAGCAAGGGCCUGCCGUCUCACCUGCAGGGGUCAGCAGGUCAGCGGAGAAGCCCAUUCCACCACCAGCCAAACACAUGCCAUGGGAGGUCCUGCUGAGAAGCAGCGUUUUGAAAUCUGAACUUUUGAAAAUAAUCUUGUCAUCUUUCACGUCCUUCCAAGCCACACCUAGAUCCCAGCAUGGUUGUUGGAGCGCUGACCUGGAGGGACACCGGGCUCCAGGACGGCGGAGCUCAGUCUCUCUUCCUUCAGUCUGUCAGGUGGACCCUGGAGGAGAGUUAGACUGGGUCAGCAGCAGGGCACUGAGCCGUGGGCAGAGCUGAGGGAGCAGGCAGGGCGCCUCCACCCAGUGAGGUCAGAAGCACCGCGGCUGAGAAGCUGCGGUCAGCUCACAAGGCGAGCUGGGCCUGAGCACGCAGCCUGGGCACUGCCCUCGGCCCGCAGUGUGGGUGGCCCUGCAGCUCCCCGUCAGUGUGCACCCUCCUGGGGUUUGAGCCCACCUCAGCGUGCCCCCGAGUUCCCGCUGGCCCGGCGUUGGGGGAGUAGACAGUGGAGCAGGUGGCGCCGAGAGGAACUCUGCCCCAUGCGUGCGGAGGCCUUUGGAUCUGGGGGGGGGGGGGGGGGGAGAGACUUGGCCUGUCGGCGUCCACCUACGUUAGUCAGGUUUGCCAUGACCAGAAGAGCUGACAAGAACCGCAGAGAGGAGCUCCCGGUUCAGUCCGGGGUGACCGCUUCACUGCCCUGAGCCAGGUAGAGGAGGCCGCUCAUCUCCCUGCAGCUGGGAAGGGGGCAGGGGCCGGUGGAGAAGCACCCUUGGGGCAGCCCCAUGACCCACCUCCUCCCACCCACCCCACCCACAGUCUCCCCAGAGGGCCCCUCCCAGCCAGGGCGGCUCUCACCACCCGGUCUCUUCUCCUGCCCCGAGGGGAGCUCUGGGCACCUCCCAUGACCCCACCCUCCCACUUUCCCACAGGGGAAGUGUUUGCUCUGGGUAGCUGUCACUAGGGUGGACGGAGCCCUGGGCGUGGGCGUGCCGGGGUCUCCAGGUCCUUCAGUGCUUGGCUCCUGUUCACAUCCUCUCACGCCCUAAAACUCAGCGUGUUCCUCUUAGUGCUGUGUGUGCGUGUGUGCAUGCGUGUGUGUGUGCCCGUGUGUGAGCCCCCGGCUCUAUUCCUGCCAUUCAAGUCCAGAGAAGAGGCGGGAUAAAGUGUGGCCAUCACUGCACUGUGAGGCGUGUCCAGGGGGCUCUAGCUGGGGUUGCUGGACCUGGACCUUCAGUGUUUUAUUUCACGACACAUGUGAAAUCUAACCUCGCCUCCUGGUGGCACUGGAGUGUGAAUCACAGACUCACCAGCAAUAGUCGUGUCUGCACACUGACACACCUGUGCACGCGUGCCUGGUUCUCUAGGGUAGACUCUCACAAGCUUCAUCACACACCCGUUACGUACGCCCACUCUCGGCAGUGUGCUCAGUUCCCUCGGGUGUGUGCCGCCAGACAGAGCCGGUUCUGUGUGGCGGGUUUGGAUGUGUGUCCCACAAGAAGGAGACGCAUUCAGAUUAGAGGCCCUUAGUUGGUUCUUAGAGAGGAGCUUAUCUUGUGUCACUGGUUUGGACCGCGAAAGAAGUCAGGCAGGGCCAGGCUCCGCGUCGCUGCCGACACUGCAGCUCCCAGGCACCCAGUGUGUCUGCAAGGCACCUCCUGGCUCCGCGUCCCCACUGGUGGGAACCCGUGGCAGAUGGGGAUGCUGCCUGGGGGGCAGGGCACAGAUCAGUUCUUCUGUUGGAGACAGAGACAGUCCCCCUCACCCCACCCUGUAUGUGUGGUUGCUGGGUUGGUCGGUGGCAGCAGAGCAGGGUGAGGCCACUCUGCCUCGGGGUCGGCCGAGCGGUCCCGAGCUUUCCUGGCUGGGCCCAGGGUGUCCGUGCAGCUCCUCCCUCCUGAUCUCCAGCCCGCGCAUCGCAGGCACCGCCCGCGGGAAUCCAGGGCACUUGCAGAAGCCUGAAUGUUGUGUUGCACAGAGUUGGGGGAGGACAAGGACACGGCCCCAGUGCCACGGGCCUCAGCCCACAGGUCCUUGUCACUAGCGUUUCCAAGACGGAGAAGCCAAGGACGCCCUGCUCCCCUGUGGGUCCCCUAAAUGCCUCACCUGGGCACAGACCAGCUCCUGGCCCCCAUCGGUGGGCGGGCGGUCUCCCUGUGAGCGGUGCUGGAGCUGGGGGAGCAGUCUGGAGCCAGGUCCCUGGAGGGAGCUGCGUCCCCAGCUCCAGCCAGCGCAGUGCCUUUCCCUCGGCAGGUGGCACAGGGCACACCUGCCCCAGAGCGACCCAGGCUCCAGGCCACCCUCCUGAGGCCCUGGCUCUGGCUCCUGCUGUGUUUCGACAGGACGGAUCCAGACGCAGCGGCCUGCAGGGGCGGCUUGGAAGGAGGAGUGUGGGGCUGAGCCUGUGCCCGGGUAGGAAGGGACACCGCAGGGCCCGUCACUCCUCCCGUGCCCAGGCUUUUCCUCACCCCAGGCCCGCGCAGGGCCCUUCAGUGCGUGUCCUGCGUCCUCGUCCUGUGACAGCCUCGGGAGCAGCCAGGCACGAGCGGCGUCUGCCAGGCUGUGGCGGCUGUGAACUGUGCCGUGCCGACUUCCGCUCGUGGACACGUCCUUGGAUCAGCCGGAAGCCGAGGGAUGGCGAACUGUGGAUUGUCCUGCAGCUUGGGAAAGGAGCCGAGCCGCACAGCCACUGCCCUGCCUGCCUGCACCUUGGGCCUUUCCACCGCCUCUGAACAAAUAUGUAGUUUCUGACACUAUUUUUAUACCAGGACGAGGGAGUCACUGUGUACCUCAUGUUCAGCUUUGUAAUCUUGGUGAUCGUCACGAACGUGGGCCACUGUCCCCUCCCACCCCUGAGCCACCCAGUGGCUCUUCUGUGCCACUCACCACUUGGGCAGCUGUGAGGCCGCCAGCCGGCCGGGGAGGCUCCUGCACUGUGCGACCCUCGAGUUGCCCCGCUUUGUAAAAUAAAGAAUGAACCGGU